AUAAUUGUUGAUGAACCAAGAGUAUACAGAAUCCUCCCCGGUGUUCAACGCAAUACAAAAAUAUAUGUAGAUGAUUUGGGAUAUAAAUAUUAUAAGAAAAAGUUACUAGUUAAUAAAAUAACCUUAAUAUGUGAGCGACAAAGAAAUCGAAGCCGCCCAAUGUGUCAUGGUACAGCAUCUAUAAAUAAAGAUGAGACGGAUAAACGAAUUUUUAUUGGAACUCCUCACAACCAUGAGCCUCAAAUAAUUGACAUGAAUGUUCCAUUAUUGAGAGAUGCUCUGGCUGAAAGAUGUCUAGAUCCAAUUAGAACACAGUCUGUUCGAAGUAUUUAUAACAGUGAAAUAAUCAGGCAUCAAGAAGCAGCUAAAAAUUACUCAUUUAAACAAACACAAGCAAGAGUGAAAAGAAUGAGAAGAUUACGAUUACGACGAUCAGUAAGUUGCAUUAAUAUAUUUUAUGUUAUCAUGAAAAACAAUAGUUAGAAAAAGGUGUCAUUCAGUGGCAUAACUAGGAGGGACUUCAUCUCCCAUAAUUUUAAAACAGUGACCUAUAUCAUGUCAUUGGAUUGGAAAUUUGAAUACCCAUAAUUAUGUUGGGAAAUGCUAAAAAACCCAUUUUGUUAUAGAAUUUUGUUUCUAGAAUUUUUUAGUUUUAUUUGUUAAUGUCGCAACAUCCCACAAUUUAACAUCUUUGAUAUCCUUGAUAGUUGAUAUUCUUGAAGUAACACUUACCAU